AAGAGUCGUAUUCUCUGGACAUCUAGACAAUGAAUGGAACUUUCAAUUCCUACUUUUUCUCGUGCUGUUUUCACAUUGCCAGACUGCAUAUCAAAAAGCUACCAUGCCCAGCUAAGGAAGCACUUGGAUGCUUCAAAUUCGCACCACAAGCUUCGUAAUUUUGAAAGCUAGCUGAAGAUAUACAACCCCACAGAUGAACGAGACAUUAAGACGUGUCAAGUGGGAAACAAAUUUCUGUUUAACUCCAUGUGAAACGGAGCCUCUCCCUGAGUGGGGUAAUUAAGCACAGGGAUAUGGACAUAUGGUUGGUUGGAUUGAUAAGGAUGUAUAUCAAGGCAUGAAUUGGACAAGCGCUUUGAACAAAAUGGGGCCGAGUGUUAUCUUAUCUUCAUCAUCAAAGCCGAGUAAGUCUCUUUUUAGUUUUUACUCUCACGGGUGCUUCGAUGGUGCAUAUCGCUUCUUCCCCUUGAGUGGGGCCCGUCAUCAUUCUUGAUGGCAGGAAAAAAAUUGUCUCCCUUCCAUUUCUUUCGGCUAUUGAAAAUUGAUCGUGGCGUCUUGGUAAUCCCAUCAAGUAUUUUGAAGAGUAGAAUCGGGUUUGAAUUUUUCACCCACUCGUGCCCCCAAAGUGUUUGAUGAAGUGUGCGUGUGCGUGUGAGUUGUACGGGUAUGGCUGCAGUAAUGUAUGUCAAUUAUAGGGCUAGCAUUGAAGUAGACCAAGUGUACGUCAUGGGUCCUACUAGUCGAGUUUACAACCUCCAUCGCACGAACGUGACACAGCUGCGAGAGCGGGCAGAUUAGACCCUUCAUAUAAAUGGCCAGGAUUCUGAAACACAGUGGCUGUGCAGGUUCAGCCAAUGGCAUAAUAUGCCCAUUUGCGUCAUCACGUGGACUUCACAUGCCUUGGACCAUCUGCCUUGUGCUGUCUGGCUUGUUAGUUGUUAGGCCACAUGGAGCUUCAGUUAGGUCUGGCUCUCCCAGCUCAGAAUCCUAGCGAGGAAUUCAACCUAUCCAACUAUGGCUUACCCAGUUUCUGUGUUGAAAGCCACAAACAUGUGAAAAACAAGCGUAGCUUUGAAGAGUCCCUUGGACUUUCUUCGAAAAAUCUGCCUUUGUUGGUAUGGAAUGGCCAGCCAAACGAGGAAGAUGACCGUGGUGGGAAGAAAAACAGAAACACUUAUCCAGAAAACGAGAAUAACGAAGAAGAAAACCUUUUAGUGGGAUGGCCGCCCAUUAAGUCAUGGAGGAAGAAGAAAAUCCAUCAGCAACACCAAAGAGUCCCGAUCAGGAACGAUAGGGUUCUAGGUGAGAAUGGAAAUAGAGGAUCAAACUCCUUAUUUGUUAAGGUUAAGAUGGAAGGAGUAGCAAUAGGACGGAAGAUCAAUUUGAGGCCUUACAGUUCUUAUGAGACUCUUACAAAUACGUUAAUGAGCAUGUUUGAUAAAUACCAGAAACCUAAGGAAGAUAAGGCAAGUUACACACUCAAGUAUCAAGACAAAGAAGGUGACUGGCUGGUUGCUGGUGAUGUUCCCUGGCAAUCAUUCAUUGAUUCCGUGAAGCGCUUGGAGAUAGUAAGGAGUGGCGUUGAAGAAGCCACUCUUGGCAGCAAAUAGAUUGAACUUUAAUAUGCUGAUCUUUAUGUGCUACUUUUAGGCCGAAGCUUGCUCGUAUCAGUUGCAGAGAGAGCAAAGUUAUAUGUACACAUGAAUGCAUAUCUGUACAGGGUUAACAAGGGAAAAUCUUAAGGCAGUUAGAUUUUCAUGAUCAAACAAGCAAAGGAUCGGGAGGAGGGUAUUAUUUCUUCCGAGUUGUAUGCAUUUCAAUCCACAUCAGGUUGAAGGCAGCGUGUCCAGUAGAAAUUUUUUUGCAAUAUGUUCAUUAUGUUCGGUUUUAUGAAUUGAUUAUGUGUCCUAAAAUUGAUGGCUCCAACUGGUUUCAAUGA